AUGGGGGGAGGGAGAAUUAUUGCUGUCUCCAGCCCUGAUGGCCAAUUUGUCUCCCAGUUUCAGCGGGGCGUUCACGGGGCACAUCCAAUGUCAGAGCACGGGCUGUUGUCGAAGGGUCGGUCCUCUGCCCUAAAAGGCAACUGCGAUUCCCAGAAAGAGCGGCUCGCGCUGCCUACCGAAAGAUUUUACCGAAACUGGGAAACAGACCUUUUUCUGAAGCGCAGCCCCACAGAAUUCACGCCCCGAAGAGCUGGUAACAGCAAUGGCUGUGCCUUUGUGAGCUUUCUGGUGAAGAGCCCACUAAUUCUCCUUGAGGGCUCCUUGGUACCAUAUGGCUGCUCAGAGGAAAAUUCCUGCAAACUUGCAUCUGAUGACUCUUUCUUUGCUCAAGCUAAGGCAUCAGAAAGCAACAUUGACUUCCAAAAAAAUCUCGUAAGCAUGGAUGGCAAGAAUCAACCUUCUCAGCAAAUGCACAGUAGUAAGGAGUCAAAUGCAGCAGCAAACAAAUUGAAUGAUAUUCCAGAAGAACCGCAAAAGGUCAAAAACCACCUUGGGGAUGGAGCAGCAGAAAAUAUAAUGGAGAGGAUAGAAAUGGCAGAGAAAAAGAAGGAAAAACAAAGUAAUGAUGUAGACAGAGCAAGCCAUAAAGAGAAAUCAGAAAACAAUGAAAAACUAGCUGUGAAAAAAGAAGAAACAACUUUAGAGACUGGCAAUCAGUUAAUACUGACACCUCUGUCUCAUAUUCCUCUGAAAAGCCUAAUGGACAUAGAAAUGGAGUUGGUCUACACUGAUGAGGAGGACAUUUCCUUUGAGUUUGCUGAGCCUGUGGAGUCUACAAGGACACAAUCAGCGUGUCAUGAUUCUGAAAAAGCAGCAGCUCUGAGCACACCUAAUGGCAAUGCUUUGCCCCAGAUCGACAAACAGCUUCAGAUGACCCUCCAGGAAGCCAGCACUUGCUACAGGCGGAACAACUAUGCAGCAGCAGCAGAGCAGCUCUCAACAGCACUGAAGCUUUGCAGUAAAGGUUCUGCUAUAGACAAUACCUUUGUGUCAUCUCCAGAAGAUAUUUCCAGUAUCGCCAGUUUUAUUGAGACAAAGCUUGUAACCUGCUACUUAAAACUGAGGAAGCCUGAUGAUGCUCUGAAUCAUUCACACAGGAGCAUUAUUCUGAACCCAGCUUAUUUCCGAAAUCACCUGCGCCAAGCUGUUGUCUUCAGGUGCUUGGAGCGAUACUCUGAAGCUGCAAGGUACUCUG